AGCAUGCUGCCACAGUUUAAAUGACACCGCCUCUGCCUCUUCAGAAGGACAGGUCCUUCAGAGAGCAGCAGCCACAACAGCUGCCUACUCUUGUGAAAAACAUCAUCAUGGCAUAUAAAGCAGCACAUCUGGCUUUUAAGUCGCGCUGGCACAAGACAGACGAAGAACUCUGUCGCCACAGCAUGUCAUUUGAUUUACAUAAGGCAAUCCAGAAUGACUUCUUUCAGUGUUACCUUUAUCUGCUGGAAACUCUUCCCCUGGUGAAACUUUACGCUUUAACAAGCCAAGUUAUCAAUGGGGAGAUGCAGUUCUACGCCAGGGCCAAACACUUCUACCAGGAGGUACCAGCCACAGAAGAGGGCAUGAUGGGGGACUACAUUGAGCUCUCCAAUAUAGACAUUGAAUCCUCCAGGGAGUUUCUCAGGAAGUUUGUUGGGGGGGUGGGGAAAGCUGGCACCAACCGCGCCCUCGACUGUGGCUCUGGGAUAGGUCGGAUCAGCAAGCAUGUCCUGUUACCAGUUUUCAAGAGUGUGGAACUGGUGGAUAUGAUGGAAAAUUUCCUGGCUGAGGUCCCGAACUACCUGCAGGACGAGGAGGACAGAGUAGAAAUGUAUUAUUGCAAAAGCCUCCAGGAAUUCACUCCAGCCCCACAAAGAUAUGAUGUCAUCUGGAUUCAGUGGGUUUCAGGAUAUCUGACAGAUAAAGAUCUCCUGAAGUUUCUCAUCCGGUGCCAGAAAGGCUUGAAGGAUAAUGGUGUAAUCAUUCUCAAGGACAAUGUAGCCAGGGAGGGCUGUAUCCUGGAUUGUCUGGACAGUAGUGUGAUCCGAGACCUGAACAUCCUCCACAGCCUCAUUGAAAUGAGUGGACUCGUCAUCCUGCAAGAGGAGAGGCAGCAGGGAUUCCCUGAGCAGUGCGUCCCUGUCUGGAUGUUGGCCAUGCAGAAACGCCCUGCCCAUUCCUGAUUGCAUAAUGUGGCAGCAAAGACUGGACUACGGAUGGAGGACAAAGGGGAAGAAAAGCACCUGUAGAAUACUACUAGCUACCUACUGCUACCACUGUAAUUCCAAGGCAGCAACUUCUAAAGGAUCAAGAGAGAAUUACAAUUGAGCCAGCUUCUCCAGGCAAUAGUCUGCUUCUAAAUCCUGCCUGCUUCACCAUUUUUAAAAGACUUUCUGACAGCUCCUUGUAGGAUUUCUCUUUUAUUCAAGAGCCAAUACUACAACAGAACUAAACUAAAUACGGAAACUUCAGACUAAUUAUUUUCUAGUGGCUUAUAUGUUUUAGUGUGCUUUGCAUGAGGGGUGAAACAAAUAAGCUUGUUUUUCACUGGCAACUAUGUUGUCCUGGAAGUUAAGAAGAAUCUGUCAGAUCACUGAAGCAGAAUAUUCAAAUAACUUCUGGAAAACCUAACCUACCUUGCUUAUGUUUCUGCUCUGUAACAGUAGUGGUGCAUAAGGAUAUUUACACUUCAGGGAAAAGAUUAUAUGACAUAUAAGCAUGUUUGCUUUGAAAAUUUGUGCAAAGAUUGCCCCACAAUCCACUUUCUGGAAAAUGUUUUUUCAAAACGUUCACAGUGGAAACCACUUGAAAGCAUCUCUUUAUUAUUCAUACCACUGUAAAUUUCUUUCUUUCCCACAUUCAGAACAAAUCUGGCACCAUAUGCAGAGCUAAUGGGAUUUCAUGGGGUGUUAAUAGUUAGAAUGCAAAAAGAACUAAUACAGUAUUGUAUUAAUUAACAACUGUACUAAAUUGCAGAGGGUGUUAGUAACCCAAAAGCAUCUAUGAUUUAUAUCCAAACAGCAGCUGUGUAAGCCUGGAUUUGACAAUGCUAACACAUACAAUCUCCUUAGAGCUCACAGAAAUUACACACUGACCUUCUUGUCCCUUUCAUACGGGCACAGAAAGCGCUGUGGGAGGACAGGGUUCUUUUUGCAAAGAUUUUCAGAAUUUGAUGUUCUGCUUCAUUCUGAAUGAGUGCAAGAGGAGACAGUUUUGUUUUUGUUUACAGAGAAUAGUCAGUAAUGGUCCUAAUGAGAACUAUGGACAAAAUCAAACAUUUCCCUUGAAUUACGGUUCUAAAAUAAUUUACAUUUUAAAUUUUUGUUAUUAUAAUGCAGCAAAAAAUGUAAACGAAGCGUGGCUUGUUCAAAAUGUAAGAAUGGACUGUUCUGACUCUUUCAGAAUUUUUGUCUUAUUUUAUUCACCUGCAAUUCUGGAACAACUGACUGGCUUUUUUAAAAGUUGUGUUAUGACGAAUGUCCACGUUCAGAUGGAAAAGGUUCUAUGCAAUAUCCUCCACGUGGCUGUAUGCACAAUUAUCUUUGUCAAAUAUUGUCACCUGUGUAAGAUUGACUCACAUAGGAGCCCAAAGACAACAAGGGACAACAGGGAACUUCUCAGUUGGAUUUUAGUACUCUUGGCCAUCCUUUGAUAACAGAUUUCCAGAUUUGUUUUGAUUGUGUAGCUCAUCUUCUCUAGCAAUAUGAAUGCAUAUGUUGAGAAUUUCCAAUUCAUGGCAUAGAGCUUCAUGCUGUCAAAUCUUAUUCAGUAAUUAUUGUUGUUUUUUUUUUUUAAUGUGCCAUCACUGAUUGUAGCAUUAAGGAAAAAUAACUCUGGUGAUUUGUUGAAUAGUCUGGCAUGUCAUGUAACAUAGGAACCUAUGGCUCCCAUGAUGCAGAUUCUUCUGGAAUGUCUUGGCUAAUUCUUCCAUUUGAAUCAACUGGUAAUGAUUGCAAAUGUAUCACCCGAUGCUAAAAACACUAGGUGAAAUUUUUUGUUCUGGAAUUGUCCCUUGGAAUAAGGGCUUUUAAUUCCCAUUAAACCACUACAAUUCUUUCAUUCCCUUUUAGCACCAGUUAAAAGCUGGUGCCGUGAUUGGGUGAAUAUGAAUAUGUGCAGAAAUUUGAAGGAAAACCAGUCAUUAGUUUUGCAGGAAAGAAGCAUCAGUCCUACAGUUAGCUAUACUCAUUAGCAGUAACAGGCAAAUAUUUAAAAGAUCUAGACAUGCGUUACAAAUUAAUUGGUUCUACAUCAUUUUCUCUUCCAGCCAGAAACUUCUGCCAUGGUGCAGAAUACCUGGGAACUACUGGAAAUCCUCAUGUCUGUGCCAGGCUUAUGUGAACAAUGUUGGUCACUUCAAUGACAAGACAACAGCAUUGUGGAAAUAGGGAGGUAAAUAAUUGUAUACAACUCUAAGUUGUUGCUUACAGCUCUUAUCGUGCAGAAUACAUCAGCUGUUCAUUUACACACCAGAGGGGUGCUGUCCCAAGGUGGAUACAGCAUGAAAAGUGAUUAGAACAAAAGAUAGAAUAUCAAUAUCUGGUAUCAUUAUCAGUGAAAUAGAUUUUUCAAAGUAAAAAAGUUUUUUCUGUAUUUUGUACAUCUCUCUUAUUUUAAUUUCUAGACUAUAUCUGCAUAAACAUGUAGUGAAAAUUAGUUAUUUUAACUAUGUUAAUAGUUAAUGGAGAACGGAGCCAAGUAAAGUCUUAACUUAGUAGAAAAAAAAGCAUAUUUCAUGGUUACCACAUUCCUGAAAAUUAAUGUUUCAUGGCUAUAUUGCUUCCACAGUAAAAUAUUAAAGCUUUUCUGGUGACAUAAUGAACCUCAAGAGUAAAGAAACACAAGCUCCCCAGGGGCACAGAUGCAUGGGAUUGCUUAUGACAGAAUAAUAUUUUGUUUUCCUCCUUUUCCAAGUAUAUUUUAAUUCAAAAAUUCACAGUUAACUGCUGUAGGCGGUGUUACACUCCUAAAAAAGUGCAUGAAUUUGGGUAAGGGCCAUUCUUGGUUUAAAAGUUCUGGCCUCUCUGGACUUUGCUGUAGAAUGUAAUAAUAAUAAUAAUGAAUCACAAAUUUCAAAGAGAAGAUCUUGCUUAGAAACCAUCCAUGCAUCAGAUGCUCUUUGGUGUUCAAACACUGGAUGAGAACUCAGUUGCUCUGCCUCAACUUCCAGGCUGUUUGAAACAUGCGUUUAAAUCUUCAGCUCUUCAGUUUGCAGUGGGAGUUUGAAUCCCAUUUGUUUGGUGUUCAUUUAAGUACUUGCUCCUGAUCUCAACGUUAAGAGGAAUUUAAUCCAAUGUCAGUACCCUAGUUGAAGCGAGUGUCACGGAACACUCAGGAUCCUGCAAGCUCAAACUGCAGUUCACCACUGACAGGUAAUUAAUGAAUUAACAAAUUAGUCAUUCAAUCAGAUAUUACUCCCAGGCAAACUGCUAAAGCAGUCUCUUAGCUAAGGCAUGCUAAAGCUCAUUUCUGCCAUACCACUGCCAAAACUCUUCAUAAUGUCAGGUUGUCCCAUAUCAGGUUUGAUGCUUAUUUUCUGCACGACUGAAAGCCAGUGUCAUUUAAUGUAUGAAUGAGGAAUGUAAUGAAAGGAACGAGAGGCUCCUUGCCAAAGAGAUCCCUUAGCCCUGACAGCCCUUAGGUGCUACUGGACCCAAAACAAAAUAUAGAAUCAAUCGUUAAAGCACUGUGAAUAGCAAUCCCAACUGUGCAGCUCCUGCAACCAUUGCAGCUCAAGCUGUUCAUGUUCAGAAAGCGACCCAGACGUUACAAAUGUCUUUUCAUUUCUGAUUGGAAGGGAGAGCCGUCAUUUUGAAACAUAUCUCUGAAUGGAUAUUCUAAAAUAUUUUGUUUCAGAAAUACUGAAAUGAUCGUAUCAAAAUUUUUAGUUUGUAUUUCUUGUUUGGAUAUUUAUAUAAUUUAACCUAAACUUAAAGGUUAUGUGAGAUGAUAUCUUAGAUAAUACAUGAUGUAGUGUUGUAAUAGUUGAAGUGAAACAUUAGUUUCAUACAAAAUAAUAAAUUCCAUACAUUUCCUGGCCCCAAAUUUAGUGAAACAAGCCAGUAGUUUCCAGAGGAAAGUAAUUUCAAGAACUGUCCUGUCAAGAAGUAUUUGCCCGAGCUGUUACUUUUCAGACAUAUUGCAUUGGUUCAGGCAUCUUCCCUAUGCCUGGCCUAGGGAAUAGCCACCUUGGGCUCUUUGAUGGGCAGCAAAAUAAAAAAACAGGCAUCUUCAGAGAAAUUCAGACCAGCUCAAAGUGAACUGGCUUGAAGUAAGAGAGUAUCCUCUCUCCUCAGUGGCUGUAGUGAAAGUGCAUCCUUAUAACUGAUUUAGUCACCUCUUUACUAAUGGCAAGCAGAAGUGCAGUGUGACCAGGGGAGCUGUGACUGUUGAAACCAGCAAAGAACAUGGGCAUGGAUACUGAAACACACAUUAAAAAUCAGUCGUGGCACUGAGGCACAACAUUAAUGUGAGGAAUAUUAUCAUACUACCAUAAUCAGUUGACACAGUGCCAACCGAUAAGAGAUUUAUCAGUUACACCUUAAAGUGCCCUGAGUGCCUUUAUACCAUUCUCUUGUUUGUCUUCCAUUCUGUUAAUCCAGAUCCCCAGAGAUUUAGGAUGGUGCAUCAGACAGUAGGCCUGUCCAGAGGAACCUGACUGCUACAUCUGAUUAAAUUCAGUUGUCUUGCAUCCCAUUCUUCUUUAGUUUUGAUGCUUCUUCUAACUUGCCGAGACAUUCCUCCUGCACUUGCCAAAAGUGAUUUGUUCUCUAUGGACAUCACCACACCUCACCGAAAUAAAAUGAGUUACCUUUGAUUUUAAGAGGAGGUAAUUCUGUUCAUCUGAGAGCAAUCACAGCGUGCUGUAUGUCAAGGAUGGAAGUUAAUACCCAUCUUUUUCAGUUGAUGUCACGUAGGCACUCCCAGACCUUUAUACAAACAAAGUUUGCAUUCUCAUCAUCACCAUAAACAAUAACAGUAUUUGAAUGACACUGUACAUCCCUAGACCUUGAUGCAUGUGUUAUCAUUGUGACUUGGAUGAGGAAACUGAGGCACAGAAGAGUGAUCUGGGCUGCGUUACAGUUCUCUAUAAGUGGGAGCUGUGAGUGAUUAACACCUCCAUGAAUUAGGCCUCUACAGGAACUAUGGAGUGUUUUGCAGGCAGACAUAAACUUAUUCUGUUUGUGCUCAGAGCGGAUUGAAACAGUGUGGCUGUGGUUAGCCUGCUUACUAGGCCAAGCUGGUAUGUCCUGCAGAGAGAGGACUCGCGCUGAACAUUGUGCUCAUGAACAUAUACAGCUUCUGAUCGUCUUGAAGCAUCAGUACACAACAAAGCAGUGUACACCUGCAGCAAAAAUAAAGACACAAAAUUGGUGGAGCA